AAGUCAAAUAAAUAGAAGCAAGUGUAUAAAAGCCUUUUCAUUUAUGGAACUUUUUCGAAUUAAUUAGGUUUUUAGUAAAUUUUGUUUUGACCUAAAUUAUGCUGCAAUUAUUGAGCGUUGCAAGAUGCUUUCGUCUGCCUUACCGAGUAAUUCCACAUAUUUCAAAUGCAAAUCUUCGCUUAAUGUCUGACAAAAGUAAAAAGGAUGGGGACAAGAAAAAUAGUAAAGAAGGCAAAUGCGACAAAUCGAAGGACGAAGACGUGAAAUCUGCCAAAGAUAAAAAAGAUGAAACUGCUAUCUCUGGUGGCGGCAAGUGCGCUAACAAACAUGUAGAGACUGCUCCCAAGUGUCCACCCAAGAAAUGUGAAACUGAACCCCCCGACGAUGAGCACUCGAACUGCUGGAGGAAGAUUUCCCUGUUUUGCGCUCUACCGCUGGUUGCCAUUCUGACAUUGCUUGUAUUCACCACGCGUCAUGAAGAAGAGCGACCUGAGUUCAAGUUUUGGCCACACAUGUACAAACGCUCCAAGCCGUUCUUCUUCAAGGGCGGCGGCAAUCGUUCAAUGUACCACAAUCCACAUUGGAAUGCUCUGCCGCCCGAUGGUUAUGAGGAUGAGAUCGAUUUGGAGGCCGACGGCAAACCAGCGGAAACAGAACAAGAGCGGGAACAGCGACUGAAGGAAUUUGCCACUCUGAAUAAGGAUUGGAAAAAGCAUGAUGGCAAGCGAGAAGCGGAGCGCAAGAAAGCCGAAGCAGCUGCAGAAAAGGAGGCAAAGAGACUACAAGCUGAAGCCGAUAAGGAGGAGAAGAAGCAACGCGCCGAGGAGGAAAAGGAACGCAAGCGCCAAGAGGCCGAAGAAAAGAAGCAAAAAGACGCUGAAGAAAAGGAGCUCAAGCGUUUGGAGGCGGAGGAGAAGAAGCGACUCCAAGAAGAAGCUAAAGCCCAGAAAGUCGACUACGACUUUCCGCUCGAUGCUGAACCCGAUGUACCAGUUGACUAAAUUUUAAAUUUUUGUAUAAUUAAA